AUGAGACCAAGUGGAAUGGAAAAAACAUAUACAUUAUGGUUCUUCUUUAUUGAAAUCUUUGUACAUGUUUCCAUAUCAAGAAGUGGCAAAGUUCCUGCAAUAAUAGUGUUUGGAGACUCCUCUGUGGACACAGGUAACAACAACUUCAUUCCAACCAUUGCAAAGAGCAACUUUGAACCAUAUGGUCGUGAUUUUUUCAAUGGUAAUCCUACUGGUCGCUUCUCUAAUGGACGCAUUCCCCCUGACUUCAUCUCUGAGGCCUUUGGCCUUAAGCCAACAGUUCCUGCUUACUUGGAUCCAUCUUAUAGUAUACAAGAUUUUGCUACUGGUGUUUGCUUUGCAUCUGCUGGAACAGGAUUUGACAAUGCUACUUCAAAUGUUGCUGGUGUCAUACCUCUAUGGAAAGAAGUUGAGUACUAUAAGGACUACCAAAAGAAAAUGAGAGCCUAUCUUGGUGAGGAGAAGGCUAAUGAAAUAUUAAGGGAGGCUUUGUAUUUAGUUAGCAUAGGAACAAAUGACUUCCUUGAGAACUAUUACACACUCCCUCAACGUAGGUUUCAAUUCAAUACUGUUCAGCAAUAUGAAGAUUUUCUCAUUGGACUUGCUGAGAAUUUCCUUAGGGAAAUUUAUGAUCUUGGAGCAAGGAAAAUUUCUCUGACAGGGUUGCCUCCAAUGGGGUGUCUGCCAUUGGAGAGGGCCAUAAACAUUUUGGACAACCAUGAUUGUGUGGAGGGAUACAACAAUGUGGCUUUGGAAUUCAAUGGAAAAUUGGGAUGUUUAGUGACAAAGCUGAAUAAGGACCUCCCUGGGUUUCAAUUGGUAGAUGCAAAUGCUUAUAAUAUGCUACUACAAAUCGUUGCACAUCCUCCUCGUUUUGGUUUCGAGGUUGCAAGAGUUGGAUGCUGUGGAACAGGUAGAUUUGAGAUGGGUUACAUGUGCGACCCAAAAAGCCCAUUUACAUGCACAGAUGCAAAUAAAUUUGUAUUUUGGGAUGCCUUUCACCCCUCAGAAAAAACAAGUCAGAUAGUCUCAAAUUAUUUAAUAGAAAAAUAUCUAGCAAAGUUUCGUUGA